AUGGCCGCUCCAGAGCCAAAUCAACCCCGGCAGAAGAACGUUUUCGUUCUUUGUUUUGAUGGUACGGGCAACAAGUUCAGCGGAAAUGACACUGACAGCAACAUCCUCAAACUCUACCGCAUGCUGGACCGCACUGAUGUGAACAUGUACACUUUUUACCAACCAGGAAUCGGGACAUACGUUAGUUCUCAUUCGAUGCAAACCACGUCCACACUCGGUCGGAUUCGAUCAUGGUACCUGAAAACCAAAGAUGAGGCUGUCGGCACAUCGUUUGCAGAUCAUGUUAUGGGGGGCUACAAAUUCCUUAUGCGCUACUACAGCUGCGAAGAUGACUUGUACUUUUUCGGUUUCAGCCGUGGGGCUUAUACGGCUCGUUUUCUUGCCGAAAUGCUAGAUCACAUCGGUCUGCUAGCUGCCGGCAACGAAGAGCUCAUCAGGUUUGCUUGGAAGACGUACGCCAAAUGGGCUGCCAGAACGAAUGAUGGCAGUGAUCAGGCCAGAAAAUACGAAGAGGAGCACUACGAGUUUAUGCGGGGGUUCAGGGAAACAUUCAGUAGGCCAGUCCGUCGAAUUCGUUUCCUUGGCCUGUUCGACACAGUGAACUCGGUGCCAAGAUUCGAGUCGGCCUGGAUGCAGCGAACUAAAUUCCCUUACACUGCCCGCCCGUCAGCCAAGGUGAUCCGGCAUGCAGUUUCGAUCGACGAAAGGCGAGCAAAGUUCCGGCAAGAUCUUAUCAGCGGAGCACAGAGUGAAACAGAGGACAAAACAGGUCCUCAAAUGCGUCGCUACGAAUCGGACCUUGCACAGAUGAAUGAGAAGGCGCAAGCGGAUGAGAGCCAGGGCAACGGCGCAGCGCAGGGAGGCCCGAGAAUUACCCUGACAAGCUCAUCGGGUGGUCAGCUCUCAGUCCCGGGAGUUCAGCUCGCAUCACAAAGCUCUUCCGAGAGUCUCGCUGCCCCCGUACAUUCUCCUUCCACCGAGCAUCUCCGGGAAAGAGCAAAAUCGCCACGAAAGCAUACUAGGCGUCGAUGGUCGCAGCCAAAGCGUUCGCAAGAUGCGCAAGAAGUCUGGUUCGCAGGUGGCCACGGGGAUAUUGGUGGAGGCUGGGGAAAGGGAGACAAAGAGCAUUGGAUGCUCAGCCACACGCCCUUGGUGUGGAUGGUGCACGAGGCGGAGAGGGCGGGAUUGAAAUUUGACCCUGGAAAGAUGGCUCGUUUAGGCUGUUCGCCACAUUCAGUCGACGAGUUUGGAGAGAAGAUCGAGGACACCACAAGCCGCCAAUCAUUCCACCAGAAUCUGGAAAGUUGUUACACUGAUGGGACAGUCCACGAUUGUCUCAAGUACGGUGGUGGCUUGCCAUAUGGCACCGUCUUUUUCUGGAAGUUGAUGGAAUAUCUCCCGUUUCGACGAAUGGACCUGCAAAAUGGAAAAUGGAAAGCUAUCCGCUGGCCACUUCCCAUGGGAGAGACCCGGGAUAUUCCAGAUGAUGCACAGAUCCAUAUCUCUGUCAUCAGACGUAUGCAGGCAGAUCCGACUUAUCGUCCAGGCAACCUUAUUGUCGGUGGGGGUGGUCGAGGAGUGCAGAGAGCUCCUGAAAAAUAUGGUAUUGGUGAAUGGAUGUCGCACAUGUGGGAAGGUGACAUUGUCAAGCAUACCUUUGUGCGAAAACAGCCUUCUUCUCAUGACUGA